UUUCCACAGCACGACGCCGUAGAAAAGUACUGAAAUGAUUCAGCCACUCAAAAUUGGCCGUCGGAUUAGACCUAAACCCACCUCAGCCGUCUAUCUGUAACCUCCAGAAUCCUGAUUGAUUCCCCUUCUUUAUAUCCUUAAAAAGUGGACACUCAAGGGCACAAAACCUCGCUACAGCGGCAGUAGUAUUCCAAAAUUCAACCCGUCAAAGCAGAGGCGAUCGGCGGCCACUAGACAAUGUCAGGUGUCACUCAAGACGAAGACAAGAAGCCCGGAGAUCAGUCGAUCCAUAUCAAUCUUAAAGUCAAAGGCCAGGAUGGAAGUGAAGUAGUUUUCAGAAUUAAGAGAAACACACAGCUGAAAAAGCUCAUGAAUGCUUAUUGCGAUAGACAAUCUGUGGAAUUUAACUCAAUUGCUUUCUUGUUUGAUGGUCGUCGCCUCCGAGCGGAGCAGACUCCAGACGAGCUGGAAAUGGAGGAAGGUGAUGAGAUAGAUGCCAUGCUUCAUCAGACCGGAGGUACAACUGCAUGGUAAAGGAGGUCGAGUCCACAUAUGCCUUUUGGAAAUGUAUUAUAAAUUAGUGCCGCAAACUUAUUUAACAGCGGCAGUUGAGAUAUUUUAAUUCCUCGUCUUUUGGUGUGUUUUGACCGUCUUUUAGACUCCACAUGCUUGCUGACCGUUGUCGAAAUUUGCAUCAGUAUUGCAUAGUUUCAACUGGCAGUUAACCGAUCAGUUUCAGGGGCUUUGGUUUUCAUUUUACUUGUUAGUUUCUUGUUA